AUGAUUCAAGCCCAGCCAGACCAAAAAAUAAACCUACGCCAAAUUUGUCAUGAUUUUGCUUUAACGCAAGUCCAAAUCCAAAAAGAGCAGUUAAAAAAAAUAGGACUCUUUACUGAUUUUGAAAAAUAUUACAUUACCCUAGAUAAAGAAUACGAAGCCGAGCAAAUCCGAGUUUUUGGCGAAAUGGUAAAAAAAGGGUUGAUUUAUCGUGGUUUUCGGCCCAUUCACUGGUCGUGGAGCCAUGAAACAGCCUUAGCCGAAAAUGAAAUAGAAUACUUAGAAAAAAAAGACACUUCUCUAUAUUUUAAAAUCAAGUUAGUAGAAAAUUCCAAAUUUUCAGGAGAAGAAAACAUUAAUUUAAUAUUUUCAGGAGAAGAAAUAUUAGGACUUCAUUAUAUUCAUCCUUAUAGAAAAAAUGAUGAAUCAUCGUAUAUUGUAGAUGGAGACGAAUUUAUCAGAGAAAACGAGGGUACUGGUCUCGUUCAUCUUGCUCCUGCUUUUGGUGCCGAAGAUUUUAACUUGGCUAAAAAAGAAAAGAUAAUUUCAGAAAUUAGUUGUCCGCUUGAGCCUAGUGGGUAUUUUAAUGAAAAAAUUAAAGUUUCAGAGUUCAUUGGUAAACAUUAUACAGAAGUUAAUGAUUUGAUUCAAGUAAUUGAAAAAAAACUCUAUUCGAUAGACGAAAAAACUAACUACACCGUAGAAAAAAUUGAUAAUUUAGAAAGCACAGUUUUUCGAGGCUCUUCUUGUGUAGCAUUAAAAGGAACUUUAUCAUUAAAAGAUGGGAAAAAAAAGAAAUCUAUUGAUUUUAUCUGUUAUUCUCAUUCCAGUAUUGUUGACCCUUAUCUUUCUCCGAAUGCUUUGGAAAAUUAUUUUCCUCAAACAGAUAUUAAAUUUAAGCAAAAGACUUUCUUUACUUGGCAAAAAAUCCUUUUUGUUUUUCUUUCACUGGGGACGGUGCUCUUUUUAUUCAGAACUUAUAAAGACAUUCAAGCACAUCCUGAACACUCAGCGGGUAGGGUAAUAAAAGGAAAAAACGCUAUUCAAAAAGAAAUUGCUAAAGAACAGCAACAAAAAGACAAAAAAAAGAGAGAAGCUGAACAGCGUCGAGAGGCAAAAAUUACUUCUCCGGAUGAAAUUGUGCAUGGUUUUGAAUCAAUUGAACACGUUAUCCUUUAUGGUCCGCCAGGCACUGGAAAGACUUUUUUAGCUCAAUCUAUUGCCAAAGAUUCGGGUUCUUUUUUUCUUAACUUAAACGGAGCAGAUUUUGAAACUAGUUUGGCUGAAGCAUUUGGCAAUAAAGAAGGUCCAAGUUCCGGUAAUCCAAAAACAAUCGUGGCCUUGAUUGAUGAAAUUGACCGAAUGGGUGGCGGCUUAGACAGCAGUCAAGGGAUGGCCUCAUUCCUGGGGAUAUUGAGCGCACUUCCUGAUGCCUUGCUUCGUCAAGGAAGAAUAGGUGUAAAACUACUAGUUAACUAUCCAAAUAAAAAAGAACUUUACGAAAUUAUAACUAAAGUUUUGAAAAAAUUUCAUAUUGAUAAUGUCAAAAAAACUGGCGGGUACGAAGCAUUCGGUAAUUUAGAAAGAGAAGCCUUUGCUAAUAAAUUUGCCAAGCCGGUGCAUGAAAUAAUGAUUAGCAAUGACUUUUCUGUUUCUUAUAAAGAUUUAAUGGAGAAUUAUCUACCAGCUGGCGUUGAUCCUAAUGAUAGGAGAACGCUUUUUACAGGUGCCGAUGUCGAAGCAAUUUUAUAUCGUUCAAGAAGGGCUCGAGACUUUAUAGGACUGGAACUCAGAAAUGAGUUUACUGAAGAAGACUGGAGACAAUUUAGUGAGCAGCAAAUGGGAGAUGAAGUUUUAUCACCUUUUCGUCCUAUGGCAAUUUAUAAGUUUGGUCAAAAACAUGGUCUUUGGCUUGACAUUUCUUUUCCCGACUUUUUUAAAGAUUUCUGGGAAAAAGUGGUUGUAGCGUCAGGAAGUAUUGAUAGCAAUAAAGACAUCAAAUAUCUUGGAAAUGACAAAAAAGAAGAAGCUCUUAUCAAAGAUUUCAUGAAAUUGAAAAAAGAAAGACGUAAAGAAAGAGAAAAAGGAACCGAUAAGCAUUCAGAGUUGGAUAGUUUACUAGGUUCACCUUUUCUCUCAUUCUCCAAUGAACUUUUGCAGUGUUUAAAAGAGGAUUUAAUUAGCGAGUUGAUAAUUAUUUCUUCUACUCAUGCCACAGGUUCCAAGAUGUCUUCAAACGAAAAGUAUAAAAGAAAACGAUUUUCUGAAACUUUUGGAAAACUGCCAAAUUGUAGAAUAGAAAUUUUAAAAAUCAAAAAGUUUUUUGAUUUUGAUAUUUUUAUUGAUGAUAAUGCUCUUAUAAUCUCUCAAACUCAAAAAACACAACCCGCUGAUAAAACUUUUGUUCUUCCAGAUUAUAAAAUGAGUAGGCACGUUCAGGCUCCUAAUAUCUACCAUAUUAAAAACACAGUUAGCGAUAUCACUGAUAGAGAUUUUGCUUUGAAAAAGAACCGUGAAAGGAAAACAGUAAAUAUUACAAAAAAAGAAUAUAAUUUAAUUAUUGGUCGUCAUUGUUUAGUAAAAAAUCCUAACUAUCUUUUAGGAGCUGUCAAAGAAGCAAUUAGUUAUGAAGCUAAUGCUCUAAUGAUUUAUUUAGGAGCUCCUCAAAAUAGCUUUCGUUUCUAG